AUGGGGUGUUGUGCCACAUUGCGAAGAUCUUUUGAAGCAACAACUCUUGUUGGAGCACUUUUUGGACUUGUAGCAUUAAUGUUAGUAUUUUUCUUAUUUAUAAAUCGCAAAUGGUGUUUCCAUGCAUCAUCUCACGCAUUUCCUUGCUGUGACGACAACAACAUUUCAUCUAAAUACGUUCAAAAACUUUCACGUAAACGACGCUAUGAAAACACAAGUUCAGAUUCUGAAGAAGAAAUUCUACGCAGAUUACGAUUACAGCAAUCACGGAGUAUUCCAAAUGGCCAAUAUACUGGAUAUGGCAUUAACCAUAUAAAUCCACUUGCACAGAAUUAUAAUUUUAGUGAUUUGCAACAUAUAACAGUUACACCUCGAGAUUCAUCUAAAGAUCCACUUGCUAUAGCUGAACGGGGUAAAGUAGGAAUACCCUCAUCGCACAGUGAAUGUAGUUCAAAUGAUUCAAUUGAAGCAUCAAUUGAUAGUAAUACAAGAAUUUUGACUGGAGAAAAGAAAGGUUUGUUUGAUAACUCUAUUUACAUAGAUCAUUAA